AUGACAUUCGGUGUGAGAGCCUCGCUAUUCUUCUACAAGCCAACCUUUUUGGCUAGACCUACAACAAGGCUCUUUUCUACUUCAAAACCUAGAAGCAAUCAAGUCGAUUGUUACAUUUCUACCAUCCACGAUGCUUACACGAACUUAGCCAUUGAAGAAUAUUUACUACGAGAAACCAAACCAGAUCGCUAUAUACUGUACCUGUGGAGAAAUAAGCCUUGCGUUGUAGUAGGCAGAAAUCAAAAUCCAUUCCAGGAGUGCAAUUUGCGAUUCAUGAGAGAGAACAACAUUCCACUUGUACGCAGACGAUCUGGAGGCGGUGCAGUGUAUCAUGAUAUGGGCAACUCUAUUUACACCAUUUUUAUGCCUCGUGAAGCAUUUUCGCGCAAGACGAAUGCUCAGCUUGUAGCCAGAUCCCUGAAUCAACUUGAUAUCCCCGCCUCCGUCAACGAACGACAUGAUAUUGUAGUGGAUAAUCACAAGGUAUCAGGCAGUGCAUACAAAAUUACCAGUACCAGAGCUUACCAUCAUGGUACUAUGUUGAUUGACGCAGAAACAGAGACGUUAAAAGGAUGUUUGUCUAAAAAGAGAAUGAAUAACAAGGGCAUUGUGUCAAAAGGUGUCGAGUCAGUACCCUCCCCAGUGACAAACCUUAGAGACUAUUCUUUUACGGUAGAUCAUCAGCAAUUUUGUGAGUCGGUUUUGGCUGAAUUUGUGGUUGCAUACAAUGACGGAAUGCCCGUAGAGCCAAUUGUAUUCAAUCAGGAAAGUGUGCUUCCAAAUAAAGUAAAAGAAACGAGACUGGAGCUCAAGACUUGGGAUUGGAUCUAUGGUCAAACACCAGAGUUCACCAAUACAAUCGAAACGAAUUUUAACUGGGGGCAUGUGAAAUGCCAUAUACUCUCAAGACAUGGCAAAAUCCUCAAAGCAGACAUCUCCACUAAUAACAACCUCCUACAUGAACCUACCAUUGCAGCCGCCAUCUCUGUUGCCCUGGAAGGGUUGCCCUAUUCUCAAUAUGCUGUGGAUGAAGCCAUUGAAAAGAUAAAUACAGAAGUGCCAGGACUGAUUAACUCUGAAAAUGAUUAUAUUGCUCGAGACAUAAGCAAUUGGUUGCAAGCUAGAUUAUAG